UCUCAAGAAAUGGACGGAGUCCGUGAAUAAUUUUGAUGAAAACCGUAGUUGGGUGGAAUAAAUUUGAUAGAGAAGAAUGAUCGCGAAACUAAGCCCCAAAGAGAGGAGAUAAAGCAAAAAGCAAGUGGGACUGCCACGCUAAUUGAUAUCUCUCUCUGCGUUGGUGUGUUGGUGUUUAGGAUUUGCAUCAACGAAGAAAGAUGGGAGAUGUAGCAGAUAAAUUGGCGUAUUUCCAAGCGAUAACCGGUUUAGAAGAUCCAGACCUCUGCACCGAAAUCCUCGCUGCACACAAUUGGGACCUCGAACUCGCUAUAUCUACCUUCACCUCUUCUUCAAACCCUUCCUCCACCGACACUCCCCUGCAACCCCACCCUAACGACCAUGUUCCCUCCGCAUCCAAUCCCCAACCCCAACCCCAACACCAACAUCCUCCACCGCCUCCCGGUUUGGCUUGGAAACUCAUCACCCUACCCGUUUCCGUCAUUUCCGGCAGCCUAGGGUUAGUUUCCGGCGCGAUCGGCUUGGGCCUUUGGGCCGCGGGAGGCGUCCUCUCCUACUCUCUCGGCCUCGUGGGCCUGGGCUCGCCCUCGGGCUCUGGCUCGGGCUCCUCCUCGGCCCCGUUGGUUUCCGUGACGGCGGCCGCUUCCGAGGCGAUGGAUUUCGUGGCCGCGUUCGAGAGGGACUAUGGCUCCUUUGGGCCCAAUUUCGUCGGUGAGGGCUUCAUGGACGCGCUUCAGCGGUCCAGGAACUCGUUCAAGCUUCUCUUCGUUUACUUGCAUUCCCCCGAUCACCCCGAUACGCCGUCCUUUUGCCAGAGGACGCUCUGCUCUGAGACCAUUGCGGCGUUUGUGAACGAGAAUUUCGUGUGCUGGGGUGGCAGCAUUCGCGCCAGCGAAGGGUUUAAGAUGAGUAACAGCUUGAAGGCUUCUCGCUUCCCCUUCUGCGCCCUCGUCAUGGCCGCCACUAAUCAGAGGAUCGCGCUCCUUCAACAGGUCGAAGGUCCAAAAUCCAGUGAGGAGCUGCUAGUGACCCUGCAGAGAGUGCUUGAGGAAAGUUCCCCUGUUCUUGUUGCGGCUAGGCUUGAUGCAGAAGAAAGAAGAAAUAAUAUGCGCUUAAGGGAGGAGCAAGAUGCUGCAUACAGGGCUGCACUUGAAGCUGAUCAAGCUAGGGAACGACAGAGAAGAGAAGAAGAAGAACGUCUUGCAAGGGAAGCUGCUGAAGCUGAGAGAAAGCGCAAGGAAGAGGAGGAGGCUCGGGAAAGAGCAGCACAAGAAGCUGCCGAGAAACAAGCUGCAUUAGCUAACAUACGUCAAGAGAAAGCUCUGUCUCUUGGUGAAGAACCUGCAAAAGGACCUAAUGUUACACAGGUUUUGGUACGGUUUCCAAAUGGUGAACGCAAGGAAAGGAGGUUCAACAGCAUAGUGACAAUUCAAUCUUUAUAUGACUAUGUUGACUCACUUGGAUGUUUAGAAGCCGAGAGUUACAGUCUGGUCUCCAAUUUUCCUAGGACUGUUUAUGGACAAGAGAAGUUGACAUUGUCAUUGAAGGAAGCUGGAUUGCAUCCUCAGGCCAGCCUGUUUGUGGAGCUCAGUUCAUGAGAGUAAAACUUUGCUUAAUAUUCUUAUGAAUACAACAUGAGGCCUGAAAAUAGGGAUUUCUGCGAUGUUUCAUUCUUCUGUUUAAAAGAAUUGACUUGCUGAACAAUUAUAAACGUUAGAUAAAUAGGUUGUCAUGGUUUAUGUAGUUUUGGUUUCUCUUAUUUUCAAUUCAAUCAGUCAAGCAGAUAGCGUUACAUGGAGACGAGAUGAUCUAGAAUAAUAUAUAUAAUAUACAUAUUUGGAAUUUGGCCGUUCCCUUGAUUUG